GCUAUAAAAUCCCUGUUAUUGAGAACUUGGGUGCCACUCUGGACCAGUUUGAUGCAAUUGAUUUCUCUGACAAUGAGAUCCGUAAACUGGAUGGGUUCCCUCUGUUGAGAAGGCUGAAAACUCUUCUGAUGAACAACAACAGGAUUUGUCGCAUUGGUGAAAGCCUUGAACAGGCUCUACCCAGCCUGACGGAGCUCAUUCUUACCAACAACAACAUUGCUGAAUUGGGUGAACUGGAUCCGUUAUCUACUAUUAAAUCGUUGACUUACCUGAGCAUUUUAAGGAAUCCUGUAACAAAUAAGAAGCAUUACAGACUGUAUGUAAUCCAUAAAGUUCCCCAGGUCAGAGUGCUGGAUUUUCAAAAAGUGAAACUCAAAGAGCGACAGGAGGCAGAGAAAAUGUUCAAGGGCAAACGGGGUGCACAGCUUGCAAAGGAUAUUGCCAGGAGAACAAAAACCUUCAACCCAGGUGCUGGCCUGCCAACUGACAAAAAGAAAGCUGGGCCCUCCCCAGGGGACGUUGAGGCAAUUAAGACUGCUAUAGCAAAUGCCACGACUUUGGCUGAAGUGGAGCGACUGAAAGGCUUACUACAGGCUGGUCAGAUUCCUGGCAGAGAACGGAAAUCAG